AUGAGUAAUCAAAACCACAAAAUGGGCUCAGUAGUGCUAAAAUCGCUAUCGAUUUUGCUAGGAUUGUUUUUUAUAUUUGUGGGGUUCAUAAAAAUCUCCAGUGUUCUCUCCAAGGAUUUGCACAAAGAUUUGAGGAAAGAAUACGUUAAAUAUUCCAAAGUGUUUCCUUUCUCGGAAAUGCUAGAUUUUAAAAUUCCUUCCAAAUGGUACAGGAGAACUGUGGGAGGAUUAGAAAUGAUUUGCGGCAGUGCAAUGGCUUUUUGGCCUAACCAUAAAAUAAAAAAUUUAUCGAAUAUUGUUCUGCUCGUGCUUACCUUGAUGGCGGUGUAUUCCCAUUACAUGGUGGCGGAUAAGCUCGAGAGGACGGCGCCCGCUUUGGUAUUUCUGUUCAUGCUCAGCGGCAGGUUGGUGGUGUAUUUCCAGCUGCAGAAGAGAGAAGAGGAGCUCAUGGAGCCGACUACCAACGGUUUUAAACACGAAUAA